AUGAGUACUAAUGAUUCCACCCAAAAGACACCAAGAUACGAGAAGUUAGCAAAACCGAAAAUAAAAAUCGAUAGGAUUAGCAACGUUAAUCCUUAUAAAAUAAAACCUUCGGCCUUGUCUUAUCAGAUAACGGACACGUUGAACAAACUUGCUCAACCUAAACGAAGACAUGAUUUAAAUGUUUACGAUUAUCCUAGUUCUUCAGCCCGAACGAUUAAUUCCUCAUCUCAAAGCACAGAGAAAUCGAUGAAAAGGAAGCUGAUAAACAGUAGCGAAGAAUCGAGAAAUAUUGAAAAUUUUGGAAAGAAAAAAAAUCUUUUGGAUUCUUACGCUCGUAUAACUGCGACAAGAAACAGACGGUAUCCAACACGUUUGCUGGAUUUAUCUAAAUCCAAGAGGAAUUCCAUAAGUAACGACAAUGCUUAUGAAAAUUUUGAUAAAAAUUAUUACAACCCAGUAAAAACCUUCGCACCAAAAAUCAAUUCAACUUUUGGGGGUCAACAAAAAAGAUAG